AUGCCGUUCGAGUUCAGCGGCGCGCCGCCGUCUCUGCUCAAUGGCCACAGUGCAUUCUCGUCCUUCGCACCGUCUCCUCAAACAACCUCGACACCACCGACAGACGCCUCGAAGUCAUUCCCAGGCACUUGUCAGCAACCGCCGUUCCAGUUCGGCGGCGCUCCAUCUUUUGGCGCUGCUUCUCCUUUCAGCUCGACUCUCAUACCCACUUUCGGAUCGACAUCAACAUGGUCCAGCUCUUCACCUCGACCAGAAUGCAACACGCCGAACUUUCUAGCAACCAAGUCGUCUUCAACACAACAAGUAGCUGCCUCGACACCUGAGCCAUACUCAAACGACCCUCUCACCCGAACUCUGGACCGUGCUUCUAAAGGCAAGCUCGCCAUCUUUGGUCGAGGUGACAUCGCAGCCGAUGCCAUUCUCAAUGAUAUAUUGGGCGACAACAAGCACAAUAUCCCCGCUCUGCUUGCCGGCCUGCACGAAGUCGAGUCCAGCUCUCGUAUCGUCGCCAGCUUCAUUCGCUCUCUUUUCGACCAGCUCAUCCGGGUCCAGACACCCAGAGAGGAGCAGUCUGCCGAAGAAUCAGUACCGACGACUGCCAAUGAAGCUGCAGUAGAGGUGCUAGUGGAAAACAGUGAUCAUGAGUCUAUGGGCACCUUCUACGCAGAGGAACCACCAAUCCCUCGGAAUCACUGGCGCGUGAAGGAGUUGUCGAGGUAUCUGGCCGAGGCGCUGCUUGAUGAAGGAUAUAUCUGGUACGAUGAAGGCGCUCGUGUUCUGGCCGACUACAUCAUCGACCUGACCUACGAUUACAAUCAGAACACCAUUGUGGCGAAGGUCUGCGAUCUCCUUGCCAGGCAGGAUAACGACGCCGCCGUGGAUAUUGCCGUGUAUUGGACGAGACGCAAAUUGCAAGAGAUUGAACAGGACUGCUAUUUCGAUCGCGAUGAUCCCCGAAAUGGGAGUGUGCGCGAUGCCAAUGACGAGAUGGAUGUUGCCACAGCAAGCGACAAGUCGGCGGAGAAACAGCAUAGUUCUCAAAACACAACUGUCCAGGUCCAGAAGACUGCCGGGGCAGCAGUGGCAAAGCCUGAAGAGAAGUCUGAGGAGAAAAAGCCUUUUCGCUUCCUCGAUUUGCCGGCGGAGCUCAGAAACUGGAUUUACCUCGAAGUAAUGACUCCUGGCCACAUUUCAUUGAACUAUGGUUCAUAUUCGCUGGGACAGGUUCCGAAGGAUAAGCUGGACAAAGUCAAGCAAACGAAAUGCGAGACACAGAUUCUUGCCACGUGUCGGCAAAUCCAUGACGAGGCGAAGGACAUCUUGUACGAAAACACUGUCUGCGUCGCCAGCAACAACGUGGAUGGCAUGUAUCCAGUCAUUCGCCAGAGCCUUCUGCCCAACCAUGCAUUAUCGAGGCUUACCUCCCUGACAUUCGCGAUGGUGGCCACGAAGGGUCCUCGCCAAGUCUACAAGGAGCUCCGGAGGUUGAAUUGGACGCAGUUUCAACACAUGACCGGCCUAAAGAAGUUACGGAUCUGCAUCAUUGAGCGCGAAGACGAAGCCGGGGAGACCAGUCAGAAGAGGUGGAUACUCGAGCAGAUCAUUGAGCGUGUACCCAAGGACUGCGAGGUUGCGUUCGAAUCUGGCGCGGGCUUCGAGGACGACAUUGCUCAGGCGAUUAUCGAUGAGUUGGAUGCUGAGAAGGCCAAAUUUCCCGAAUAUCGGUUCACCGACGCGUACGAGGUGGAUGGAGAGCUGCUUGGCGCGCUUGCAGAGCCGUUCAAGAGCAGGCAGGGUUGCAAGUCUGGAUCGAAGAGAGACUACCGUUUUCCAGAACGCAGUCUCCAUCUCAAACCACUUGUCCCUGCCAGUGAAGUCAACCCGAGCAUCGUUCUGGGCGGCAGUCAGUGA